GUUUUUGUUUUAAAUUGACAGAAUUGGAAGAACUUUUUGGAAUGAUUCGUGGUUUUACGAUACAGACGAAACUGGGUCAUUACGGUUGCUCUCGAUGGAUAGAUCUUAUCACGAUUUCUCUUUCUCUCCAUCUCCCAAUUAUUUCUUUCAUCAUAUUACAUUCUUUCUCUCCCUCGGUCCCGUCGCUAUUACUAUUUUAAUUGAUUUGUAUCACUCUAUACUCCUCUCUCCAUUCUUUUAUGUCAUGGUUUGACAGUUUCGUCAGAUAAGAAUUUUUCCUUUGAGAAUACCUGUGGUUUUCUUUUCCGCCUAUCAUCUCCAUGUGCUUCACACGUCAUCACUUAACAGAGCCGAUGAUGAGAUCUGCGUAAUAUCCAUUUUCUGUGCAGAAGUUAAAUGACAACUCAACACCAGCACUGAUAAAUGAUUGUCACGAAGCGGAUUUGUUCAUUCGUGGUAUUCGCAAUUAUUUUUGUAUUGUUACUGUUAUGUGUGUUAGAAUGUGAAGUUUGGGGGCAGUUUGAGCCCAACAGGGAAUGCUUCUGCAAAUUACAAGGAGCCAUCGAUGACUGCCGAUGUACAUCAGAGAGCAUCGAUGAUUUCAACAACUAUGAGGUCUUUCCCAUAUUGCAGAUGCUCCUAACUCGAGAUUUUUUCAGAUUUUAUAAAGUUAAUAUGGAAAAGACAUGUCCAUUUUGGCCAGACGAUCGACAGUGCUUGAGCAAGGAAUGCGGCAUUGGCUAUUGUGACGACGAGGUUCCAUCAGGCUUGAAACAACCAGCCAUCAUAUCUGUGAUUGGUGGAAUUGAUUCAACCUGCGAAAAAGAGGAAAGUAAUGCAUUCGAUCCGUUGGAUACGACUCUAACGGAAGGUGACCGGCGACAACUGAAUGACAUGGACUGGCACGACGAAAAUGAAGAUAAAUUUUGCGAUUUCGAAGAUGAAGGAUCAGCAGAUAUGCAUUAUGUCGACUUAUCCAGAAAUCCUGAACGAUACACGGGUUACAAAGGCGAUAGCGCACAGAAAGUCUGGACUUGUAUUUACCAAGAAAAUUGUUUCAAGCCAAAUAUGAAGUUUGACAAAAAUUUCCUUAUUCAUCCUAAUUCUUUUGGAAUGUGCUUUGAAAAACGCGUUUUCUAUCGUCUAAUUUCGGGUCUGCAUUCUGCAAUUACUAUAUCGAUCGCUUCUAACAGUUUCAAACCAAGUCCUGCUGGCUUUGGAGAUGGAAUUUGGUUCAGGAAUACGGAACUUUUCAAAAAUCGUUUCGGGACGAAAUGGACACCUGAAGGACCACAAAGACUGAAAAAUAUUUAUUUCGUAUAUCUUCUUGAACUGAGGGCGCUAGUAAAAGCAGCACCUUAUUUUCGCAAGGAAUUAUUUUAUACUGGGAAUCCAAAGGACGAUGCAGAAACACGCAAAACAGUGGAAGAAUUGAUGAAUAUUUUGAAAAAAUUCAGUAAUCCUUUCGACGAGACAGAAAUGUUCACAGGUGUUGAAUCAACGGCUCGGGAACUGCGUGAAGAAUUUCGUCAACAUUUUUUUAACAUUUCACGGAUUAUGGAUUGUGUUGGCUGUGAUAAAUGCCGUUUGUGGGGGAAGUUGCAGACACAUGGGAUGGGCACAGCGCUGAAGAUUUUAUUUUCUGAUUUACCAACUUCUCAUUACAAAACUCAAGACGGUACCGUCUAUCCACCUUUCCAGUUAACGAGGAAUGAAGUCGUUUCGUUGUUCCAAAGCUUCGGCAGGUAUGCCUCAAGUAUCAGGGAAGUUGAAGAAUUUCGUCGUGCAUUGACUUAGUUCUUUAUUAAUAAAAUUCUUUGAAGGAAUAUAGAGAGCUAGGAGAACCUAUACUCUGAUCUUUAGGAAAUGGUAGGUAUUCAAACUUUUUCUAUGUUUUCCUUUUUUUUGUAUUUCGGAACUGGCGGGUAUCUUAUAUCUGAAAUUUUUGAAUUAUUGAUCGACAACGAUAAGUAUGUACGUGAUUUGGACUAGUUCUUAUUUGUCUUUAAUCAGUAUAUCAUUCGCAUUUGAGAUGUCUAGGAGCUUUAGAACUUUGUGCAUUAUCAUCCCAUAACUUUGACCGAAAGAAAAAAUGAAAAUCAUUAUCUUUUCCAAGGGAUAUAAAUUGCUUGCAUUCCAUAAGCCUUUAAACGUAAUUUUGUAUUCCUUUUAUUACUGAUGUCUCUCAGUUUACAUCUGUCCGUGGACAAGUCUAAUCUUUUGCUAAGUUUAGAUCAACUGCUCUUUUUGUUGUUUGGUAAUUGCAGUAAACAGUAAUGAUGUUAUCUAACAAUUAAAAUACAGAAUUACUAUUCCUAUGAUCCAUUCCCACUAACAAUGUUGACUGACGUCUGGCAGGAAGGAAUAGUGGAUGAAUUGCAGUAG